CAUUAAAGCUUCCCAAUCCCCUCCUUUUCAGGCUCAUUUUCAUUUCUCCCGCUUCCGGCACCAUUUCCAGCUUGAUUUGACUUGAAUUUUCAAUUCAGAGUUCCUGAAUUUCCCUGAUCACGCUGCACCGGCCGCCUGAUCGGUGGAAAUUUCAUGUCUGUCGAUAUAUCCCGAUGUAUAUCCAUUAACUCUCUUCCUUUUUCCCCUUUAUUUUCUUCAUGUUCUUCUUGAUUCGAGAGAGAGAGAGAUAUAUAUAUAGAUAGAAACGCAUACAUUGGGAGGAGGGAGGAGGAGAUCCAACUGUUUAAUUUUUGCUGUCUUUGUUUUUAUCAUAUGAAAUUGCUAAUCUGAAUGAGAAUUGAAGGUUUCGCGCUUUUCAUUCUGUGAGAUUUAGUAUUUUGUUGGAUAUAUUGGGGGAAAUGGGGGAGCAUUUGGUGGUGUAUGUGGACGGGCUAGGUAAGCCAGAGGACGAAGCAGGGUCUGGGUCUAGCCAGAGAGUUGAGGAGGCCAACCCUAACGAAAAGAGGCUGGAGAUGGCGGGCGCCUCUUCGUUUGCUCUUGUUGGGGAGAAGGAAGAGAUUGACGAGGAGGCACCUCUGAUUGGAAUUGCGGAGUGCCGCAUCUGCCAGGAGGAGGAGUCUGUCAACAACAUGGAAACUCCCUGCGCUUGCAGUGGCAGUCUCAAGUAUGCUCACAGAAAAUGUGUUCAACACUGGUGCAAUGAGAAGGGGGACACUACAUGCGAGAUCUGUCACCAGCCUUACCAGCCUGGUUAUACUGCCCCUCCUCCUCAAGCUCAGCCCGAAGACUCAAUCAUUGAUAUUGGGGGAGGGUGGCAAAUCUCUGGUAUGCCUCUGGAUCUGCAUGAUCAUCGUUUUUUGGCACUUGCGGAGGCUGAACGCCAAAUUUUGGAAGCUGAAUAUGACGAUUAUAAUGCUGCAAAUGCGAGUGGUGCUGCCUUCUGCCGCUCUGCUGCCCUAAUUUUAAUGGCUCUUCUGCUAUUGCGGCAUGCUAUGAGCGUGACAGAUGGUAAUGGUGGCGAGGAAGAAGACCCAUCUGCUAUUUUCUCUCUUUUCUUGCUAAGGAUGGUUGGGUUUCUCUUGCCUUGCUACAUCAUGGUCUGGGCCAUCAGCAUUUUGCAACAGCGAAGGCAAAGAGAGGAGGCGGCAGCACAGCGAAAUGGAAUGCAAUUCACCAUAGCUUCAGCCACACCUGCAGUGCCGGUAGCCCAAGAACGUUUAUAACGUGUCAUACCACCAAAGAAGGUCGCGGUCGUGCGGCGUCUGAGAUGUGCAUACGGUACAGUGUAAAUGUGUAAUGGUGUAUAUUUUGAUUGGAGAGUUCACAAGAGGUGUAAAAAGAAUGUAUCUAUGCAGAGCAAUUAAUUUCUUUUAUUCAUGCUGUAAAUAACAAUGUUGAUAUAUAAAGAAAUUAUUUCGCUCUCU